AUGGCUUUGAAGAUUUCCACUCUGAAAUUCAUUUCGCUUCUGUUAUAUUCCGUUUCCAUACUCCAAAUUGCCGUAGCUGGUGAUCCUGAUAUUCUCACUGAUUUUUUAGUCCCCGAAAACCAGAGCACCCUUGAUGGAAACUUCUUCACCUACACAGGAAUGCGAGCCAUUGUAAACGAAAGCAGCUUUCCUGCGAAUUUCACAGUGCUGAAAGCUACCAUGGUGGAAUUACCUGCUCUAAAUGGCCAAAGUGUCUCCUAUGCUCUUCUUCAGUUCCCUGCAAGCUCCGUCAACCCUCCACACACUCAUCCUCGUUCCGCCGAGCUGCUUUUCCUCGUCGAUGGGAACCUGGAAGUCGGUUUUGUCGACACAACGAACAAGCUUUUCACUCAGAGUUUACAAUCGGGUGACAUGUUUAUCUUCCCGAAAGGAUUAGUGCACUACCAGUACAAUGCCGAUACUAACAAUCCGGCUAUUGCGAUUUCUGCGUUCGGAAGUGCAAACGCAGGAACUGUAUCGCUUCCUAAAACCCUUUUCGCCACCGACAUUGAUGACGCCAUAUUGGCUAAAUCAUUCAAGACUGAUGUUUCUACCAUUCAAGCUCUCAAGGCUGGGCUGGCAUCCAGGUAG